UCAAAAAAGUUACAUGAUUUAAACCAACCCAUUUCUUUUCAUUCAGUUUCGAUCUAAGAAACAGCAACACCCGUCGUUUUUACUUCGUUCAAAAUCAAUGGGUGCCGACGAAGACUACGACUACUUGUUCAAGUUGGUGUUGAUCGGAGACUCGGGUGUUGGCAAGUCCAACCUCUUGUCUCGAUUCACCAGAAACGAGUUCAGCUUGGAAUCCAAAUCCACCAUCGGCGUCGAAUUCGCCACCCGCAGCGUCCCCGUGGAUAACAAGCUUGUCAAGGCUCAAAUCUGGGACACAGCUGGUCAAGAAAGAUAUCGUGCAAUUACAAGUGCUUACUACCGAGGAGCUGUUGGUGCCUUGGUUGUGUACGAUGUUACCCGACACGUGACAUUUGAAAAUGUGGAGAGAUGGUUGAAGGAGCUUCGGGAACACACAGAUGCGUACGUUGUAAUCAUGCUUGUGGGAAACAAAGCAGAUCUUAGACACUUGCGUGCGGUGUCAACGGAAGAAGCCACGCAAUUUGCGGAGAAAGAGAACAUAUAUUUCAUGGAAACCUCUGCUCUUGAAUCCUUAAACGUGGACAACGCUUUUGUCGAGGUGCUCACUCAGAUAUACAAUGUUGUGAGUAGGAAGACUCUUGAUAGGAUGGAUGACACUGCGCCAAACUUGCCCAAAGGAGAGGCCAUUGUUAUUGGAACUAAAGAUGAUGUCUCAGCGGUUAAAAAGAGUGGAUGCUGUUCCACUUAGUUUGAGAGAUAAAGAAAGAGGAAGAGUCUUAGUUAUAUAGUA